AUGGCGGAUGAACAAAACCUCGUCGGGCUAAAGAGGCGACGCGCGACAAUACAAGGUUCGUGUACGCGCAUUAAGACGUUCGUGGAAUCGGUCGAGUCCAUUUCUCCCUCGAUAAAGGCUCAACUCGAAGAGCGGCAAGUCAGGUUAGGGGGGUUUUGGUCCGAUUACCAAGACGUACAAGCGCAAAUUGAAUUGCUUGACGAGGCGGAGGCAAGUCAUCGCGCAGGCUUCGAAGAGGCCUAUUACAAACUGUCCGCGAGAGUCAGGGAGUUACUGGCACCUCCGGUACCGGUUCCGGAGGUGGUGGCGCGGUCUCCAUCGAGCGAGGCGGCUUCAACAAGGCUGCUCGCGCACGUGAGAUUGCCCAAGCUGGACCUUCCCAGUUUUUCAGGGGAAUACGACGAGUGGUUCCCUUUCCGCGACACGUUUAAUUCCAUUCUACAUACGAACGAAUCGCUUACCGAUAUACAAAGGCUGCAAUAUUUGAAAGGUUGUCUGAGAGGUGACGCUAGCAAGCUCAUUAGCUCGUUAGAGAUUUCGGCUGUAAAUUACGAGGUGGCCUGGAACCUCUUAAAAUCAAGAUACGACAACAAGCUCGUCAUUGUACAAAGUCACGUGAGGGCCAUCAUGGAGUUGCCUUCCAUGAAUAAAGAAAAUUCACUCGAUUUGCGUCAAAUUGCAGACGGCGCAUCGAGACAUGUUAAUGCCCUUAAGGCUUUGGGGCGUCCAACUUCACAGUGGGACGACUUACUCGUAUUUAUAUUGAGCAAUAAAUUAGAUACGCGAACCGAACGUGAAUGGCAAGCUUCCUUAAGCAAAUCCGAGUUGCCAACGCUUAAGCAGUUUAUUGACUUCAUCACUCAGCAAUGUCAAACGUUGGAAGCCACCGCUAAAAACAGGGCCCCAGUUCAAAAGGGGGGCUCGCGCUCACAAGUAGUCGGGGGCCGGCAGGCCGUCGGCGCCGCAACAGUUAAAACAAGGUGCACAUUUUGUCGCGGGGAGCAUUCAAUUUACUAUUGUAAAGAAUUUUUGGCUCUUCCCAUUCCCAAAAGAAUUGCUGAGGUUCGUAAAAACAAAACAUGCAUCAAUUGUUUGCGAUCCACGAGUCAUGUCGCGAGUAAAUGUACUUCGGGUAGUUGCAGGCUUUGCAAAUCAAAACAUAAUACGCUAUUACAUGUAGCUGCAACCACGUCUGGUGAUCAAACGGGGGAAGCGGUUCAAGCCGCGGAGGUGGCUAACGUCACAGCGACGACUAGUUUAGCUACGCGAAAUUGUCAGAACGUUAUGCUGUCCACAGCCCUUGUUCAUGCUUACGAUAUCAACGGGACGCGCAUUCCUUGUCGAGCACUAUUGGAUUCGGGAUCACAGGCGAAUUUCAUCUCCAGGGGAUACGCGGAUCGCCUCGGUGUAGAAUCAAGAGUGUCAAAUAUUUCAAUAAGCGGGGUGGGCGGUACGGUUACUAAAGCCACGCAAAUCGCUCAGGUGCGCAUACAGUCGCGUACAGGCCCCUUCAGCGCAAAAAUUAAUUGCAUCGUGACGGAUCAAGUCACCGACAGGCUACCAGCGGUCACUUUGAAACGGAAGGAUUUCGACAUUCCGCGGAACAUUACAUUAGCCGAUCCAACAUUUAACAUAGCAUCGGACAUAGAUAUGCUGAUAGGCGCGGAACUAUUUUGGUCGGUAAUAAGCGUUGGGCAAAUCGAAGCCACCGAGGGCUGCCCGACGUUGCAAAAAACAAAAUUGGGAUGGAUCCUGGCAGGGCGAUUCGCCAAUCCAUCCUCUAAGCCUUAUAAGGUUCACGUCUGCCACGCGAAGGUUAGCAACUCGCAAUUACACGAUUCAUUAGCCCGUUUCUGGCGGCUUGAAAAUAUUGAGGGUCAAGGCAUCUAUACUAGCGACGAAUUGCGUUGUGAGAAGGAGUUUCUGCAGAGCGUAACGCGUAACCCGCAGGGCCGAUACGUGGUUAGGCUUCCUUUCAAGGAUCACGCGAUCAACAACCUCGGCGAAACAAAGGACAUCGCCCUGCGACGUUUACAUAGUCUCGAGAAUCGCUUGGCGCGCAAUGCCACUCUCAAGUUGCAAUAUUCGCGUUUUUUGCACGAGUAUUUGGCCCUUGGCCAUAUGAAGCAAAUUAUAAACACCCCAGAGGGGGAAGGAGACGCGUGCUACCUCCCCCACCAUUGUGUUUUCAAAACACCAUCGCAACCGACUAGCAUACGGGUAGUUUUUGACGCGUCAGCCAAAAGUAGCACCGGUAUUUCGCUAAAUGACGUGCUCAUGACAGGUCCGGUGGUGCAACAGGAUUUGAUAGCAAUUUUAUUACGAUUUAGAAUGUUUCGAAUAGUUUUCGCCGCCGAUAUCAUAAAGAUGUAUCGGCAAAUAUUAAUAGAUCCCGCGCAAAGGCGAUACCAGCGAAUUCUCUGGCGGGAUGAUCCAUCACAGGAGGUUAGGACAUAUGAGCUAUCCACAAUAACGUACGGAACUUCGCCAGCCUCUUAUCUGGCAACAAGAUGCCUCAAACUACUCGCCGAAUCGAGUCGCGACAAAUAUCCAUUAGGCUCGAUAUGCGUGCAACGCGAUUUUUACGUGGACGACUUAUUAACGGGGGCAGAUACCGUCGGGGAGGCGAAGAAAGCGCGAGACGAAGCUAUCAGCCUGUUGCGGACAGGUUCGUUUGAACUCAGCAAGUGGGCCUCAAACGCCCCAGAGUUAUUAAAAGAUAUACGCGAUCUAGAAAGCAAUGCGGUUAAAAUCAAUGAUUUUACUGGUAAUUCGCGUAUUCUGGGUAUGCUUUGGAACCAGUUCUCCGAUACAUUUCUUUUUUCAAGCAUGCCAAACGAGAGCACCCAGCCCGUUUCCAAACGCGUAAUAUUGACGGAGGUCUCGCGUUUAUUUGAUCCCUUGGGUUUACUCGGUCCGGCGGUGGUGGUUGCGAAGCUCAUACUGCAGGACUUAUGGCAAUUGGAAAUUCAUUGGGACGAGUCAAUACCACCUGACAUCCUGUCUCGGUGGGCAAAAUUUAGAUCGCAGCUGCUCGAUUUAAACAAGAUAAAGAUUCCGCGGUGCGUAAGACGCAACGGGGAUCCACAACAUGCACAAAUACAUGGAUUUUGUGACGCGAGCCAACGGGCAUUUGGGGCAUGCGUUUAUAUCCGUACGCCCGACGUGGGCAAUAAGUUUCAGGUUGUGCUUUUGUGCUCAAAGUCGCGCGUGGCACCGCUCAAAGCGGUUACGUUGCCACGCCUUGAGCUAUCCGCGGCGCUGUUAUUGGCGCAAUUGAUACACAAAAUCAAAGACUCGGUUGAAUCGGCAAACAUGAAAAUAUUUUUGUGGUCUGAUUCUACUAUCACGCUGAAUUGGAUCAACUCGCCGUCGAGAAAAUGGGCGGUGUUUGUAGCAAAUAGAGUGGGGGAAAUUCAGCGUCUCACAGAUUCACGGUCCUGGCGGCACGUUUCUUCGGCCAACAACCCGGCCGAUGCCUUAUCGCGAGGAUGUGAUCCGCGUGAACUCGUGGAUUCAUCCAGCUGGUGGCACGGACCAGCAUUUCUAACGACGCCGGAAGGCGAUUGGCCCA